AUGGUCGCUAAGGCAAAGGCUGAGAAAGCAGAGAAGGUCGAGACGAAAAAGGAGGAACUCGAGAAAAAGGUGACUACCGAAGAAUCUGGAGAUUCAUCUGAUGAGGAGAAUGUUCCCGAGCUCGAUGGCGAGGAACUGACUGAGGAGCAAAAGAAAGUCGCCGAGGCUUUGGGAGAGCCUGUUGACAAGGCCGGGAAGCAAAGCCGAUCGGAGAAAAAGGCUCGCAAACUCUUCUCGAAGCUCGGACUCAAGCCGGUGCACGGUGUUUCUCGUGUGUGCAUCCGCAAGUCGAAGAACAUCCUCUUCGUCAUCAACAAACCCGACGUAUACAAGAGCCCCGGAUCGGACACCUACAUCGUCUUCGGAGAAGCCAAGAUUGAGGAUCUCUCGCAACACGCAGUCGGACACGCCCUUGACCGCAUCAAGCCUGAUGAUGCUCCAACAACUCGACUCCCACCAGUUCAGGAGGACGAAGAUGAUGGUGCUGACGAGGACCCAGGCAACAUCGAGGACAAGGAUAUCGAAUUGGUGAUGUCCCAAGCGAACGUCUCCCGCAACAAAGCCAUACGAGCCCUCAAACAGUCCGACAAUGACAUUGUUAAUGCCAUUAUGAGUCUCACAAUG